GUUGCAGGAGUCACUUUCGACCGAGAACCGCCGGCCGGAACCGACUGUCAAGCACAACCUUGUCAACGACAUAUCCCAGUGAAGCGAGGAGAUUUUAUUUUCCCGCAAUGGCUGACGAUCAAGUGCUAAACGAUGUUGCCAACCGUCUCCGCGUGCUCUCCAUCCAGAGUACGAAUGCAUCGAAUUCAGGGCAUCCAACAACAUGUGCUUCGAUCGCCGAGGUUAUGUCGGUUUUGUUUUUCGACGAGAUGAAACAAGUACUCAGCGAUCCCAGGAACGCUUCUUCGGACCGACUGGUGUUAUCGAAGGGUCACGCAGCUCCGAUCCUCUACGCGGCUUGGGCAGUCGCCGGUCUCUUUCCCGAGGAACGGCUCAUGGAUCUCCGGAAAAUCGACUGCGAACUCGAGGGCCAUCCAACGCCGAAAUUAGAGUUCGUUGAUGUGGCGACCGGAUCUCUCGGACAAGGUCUAAGUUGUGCAGCCGGUAUGGCGUACACCGCAAAGCACUUCGACAAGCUGGACUACCGCGUCUACUGCAUUAUGGGAGACGGUGAAGCCGCGGAGGGCUCAGUUUGGGAAGCGAUGAAUUUCGCUCAGCACUACAAACUUGACAAUCUGGUUGCCAUCUUCGACAUCAAUCGUCUCGGUCAGAGCGAAGCAACCUGCCUCCAACACCAGAUGGACGUGUACAAGGCCCGUUGUGAAGCUUUCGGCUUCCAUUCUAUCGUUGUCGAUGGGCACUGCGUCAAGGCUCUGAAGGCUGCUUUCGCCGAGGCUCGAGCGACCAAGGGCAAGCCGACGGCGCUCAUCCUGAAAACCUUCAAAGGAAGAGGAAUUCCCGGAAUCGAGGACCAGGAGAACUGGCACGGGAAGCCGCUGGGGGACAAGGCCGCAGCCGCCAUUCAAGCCAUCGAAGGAAAAAUGUCGAACAAGCGACCCUCGAAAGUCCCGAUGAAAGCGCCUUCGAUCUCGGCCCCCGCCACGGUACCCAGUGCCAUCUCCCUCUCGAAACCUCCAGCGUACAGCCAAGGGGAAAAGGUCGCCACACGUCUCGCCUACGGAACCGCGGUUGCCAAGCUCGGCGAAGGCUCAACCCGAGUCAUCGCUCUCGACGCCGAGACGAAGAACUCAACUUACGCCGAUAAGUUCAAGAAAGCUCAUCCAGAUCGAUUCAUCGAAUGUUUCAUCGCGGAACAAAAUCUCGUCGGUGUUGCGGUCGGAUGCGGAACCCGAAAACGUACGGUGCCUUUCGUGUCGACGUUUGCUGCCUUCUUCACGCGUGCCUUCGAUCAACUGCGUAUGGGAGCGAUCUCCCAAGCGAACGUCAAAUGCGUCGGCUCUCAUGCCGGGAUCUCGAUCGGGGAGGACGGACCCUCCCAGAUGGCUCUCGAAGACAUCGCCAUGUUCCGAUCGAUUCCGGGAUCGCUCGUUUUCUACCCGUCCGACGCGGUGUCUACUGAACGUGCUUGCGAACUCGCCGCCAACUACCACGGCAUUGUUUUCAUCAGAACCUCUAGACCUGCGACGACGAUCCUCUAUCCGAACGAUGAAGUUUUCGAGCCUGGCAAGUGUAAAAUCGUGAGGAAGUCCUCUUCCGACAGAGCGCUCGUGAUCGGAGCUGGAGUGACCCUCCACGAGGCUUUGGCGGCGGCCGAGACUCUCGCCAAAGAGGGUGUGAACAUACGAGUUUGUGACAUCUUCUCGGUGAAGCCCAUCGACGGCACCGCGAUCUUGCAGAACGCGGCAGAGUGCGGCAACAACGUCAUCGUUGUUGAAGAUCACUACGAGCAGGGCGGCAUCGGGGACGCCGUCGCCCAUGUCCUGGCCCAGGCUCCAGGAACCAAGUUGCGACAUCUCUGCGUGCGCGGUAUUCCCCGGUCGGGACCGCCUUCCGUUCUUCUCGAUGUCUUUGGCAUUUCAGCAAAAUCCAUCGCUCAAGCCGUCCGUGAAAUCUGAGGUCACUCACCGCCUACGCUGGGCAAAGUUUUCCGCUUGGAUUUCGUUGAGUCGACGCAAGUCUAAAUAAACGCAACGAUUCUCGCAGGGAAAAA